UAUUGUGAAUCAAUUAGAAGAACAGAAACCCUCAAAAAAGAGCCCAACCCUUUGCCUUUGUCUCUCUCUUAAUCAUCCUCAGCCUUUCUCUUCUCUUCUCAGACGGCCGACCCACCACACGGCCACACGCACACCCACGCACGGCCUCGGCACUCCCUCCCCACCCUCAGUCACUCCGGCGUCACUCCUGCCCAGCCCUCCGCCUCCGCCUGGAGGCCCUGGCCUGCCAUUCUCUUCGACUCUUCCUCGUCGGCGCAGUACAAAGCCGCAGCCACCGACCCUGACCCUCUUUUGUCUCUUCCCCUCACGGUUGGGCUCACGUCGCACGCAGCCACGCACAGUCGCCGGCAGCAGUAGGAGCCAGGUGCUCUCCCUCACACUCACACUCACGGUCUAGAUCAGCGACCAAUCACUGUUUCAGUUUUUCAAUACUAAACAAUAGAUAGACAUCACAGUCAAUUUUGUUUUCAGAAAGAAACUUUCAUUUAAUCAAUUCAGAUUUUGUAUUCAAAUUCAUUCUUUUUGGAAAGACAGUUUUUUUCGAGUGUGAACCAUUCAAGCCCUUAGCUCCCAAACACAGAAAAAAUCCAAUCUGAAAUGGAAAACCCACCUCCUGGAUUGAUUAUAUCUAUGACUGAACCAAUCCUCUCAUUCCUCACAUCAGCUUCCACAGAUCCCAAACUCUCUCAGGAGCUUCAAGAAAUUGCUUCUGAUUUCUCUUCAAAACCCCAUGUUCCCUACAAUUCUCUCCGAACCAUUUGGUCUUCCUCUGAUAUCACUGACCGCCCUAGCUUGAUUCAACUCCUUUCUGGGUCUAAGUUUGUCCUUACAAGCCCCAAACCUCGAGAAAAGAGUGAGGAGCUUAAGGCAAGGCUAAAAAUGUUUGAAGAAAUGGCAGAGACGAAGGCAUAUGCAGAACUUGUGAAAGACAUAACACCUAAGAAAGAGACCACUGAACCUUUUUCUUCAUACAAGGAUCAAAUGGGAUUCGGUUUACAUGUUGCGCUGACAAUGUUUACUGGCUAUAUGGUUGGUUAUUUCGCAUUUAGAGCAUUAUUCAACCACAGUCCUGCAAUGAAUGCUGCUGGCGGAGUUUUGGGAUUGAUAGUUGGCAUGCUAGUUGAAACGUUUCUUUUCAUAAUUAGAGCAUCUAGUCAAGAACUUAGAUCGGCUUCUCUGAAGAAGGAUCAAUAGUCUAGGUCUUUCAAAAGAUUUUGCUGGAGUAUUUUCAUCCCGAUUCAAGUGGUAAUUUUCAGUAUAAGAAGAAAAGACACUUGACAUUUCAUUACUUGAGGUGUGAAGGAGUAAAGAGUUGGCAAAAUUUAGAGCAUUUUCUAGGAGUGGGCCAAAAAUAGAGACAAAGAAAGUGGGCCUUCAAAAAAGAGAGGCAGCUACCAUUUUAGAGAUAGAAGGAAUUCUAGAGCAGAAAUUAGAGAGAAAAAAAUACUUAAAAGAGAGAAUGAAGAAGAAGAAAAGAAAGAAGUAGAGAAGAGAGAAGGACAGGAAGGAGGAUCCAUCUACAUAGUUUCUUCUUUACCUUUUACUCUUUUUGUAUUUCUGUUUUCCUAUUUCUCUCUAUUUGUAAAUCCCAUGGAUGUGUUGAUUUGGGUAUUUUUGUGUUUUUGAGAAUGAACUAUUUUUUUUGUAGCUAGAGUUAUUAAUGAACUUGGAUUGUUGAUUUAAUUGAUGUUUUAGUAAAUAAAGUUUUGUUUAUUCAA